GAACGGUUCCGGUAUGUUUUUAAAUCAAGAAACCGUUACUAUUCUUAUACAGAUACUUAAAAUUGGUUAUAUUUAUGCCUGCCUUUAUAUGAGAUAGAACUACUAAACAACCGCCCGAGGUAUAAAACAUUUUCCACAAACGGAAAACACGUACUGGAUCGGUCUAAGCAGGUAGCUGUUGGUGAAGUUCCGCUGCACUGAGCGUUUGUAAAUCUGCUAGCUCAUACUGCUAGCUCAGUUAAGCUAACUAGUCAGCUGAUUCAUUCACAUGACAGCCCUUUCUAGUUUCGAUCCCGUUCACCGGUGCCGUUGAAGAACUCCAGAGAAUCGAUUCUACACGACAGAAACCAUCAUGGUAAAGUUAGUUUAGGAGCCACACGGUGAAGACGGAUAGCUGAGGAUAUCGGACGGUGCACAAACAGCUAACUAUGCUACUGAAAACACACUGAGUCCGCACAAAGAGGAGCAGCCAGGGUUAGCUACACGGCUUCAGCACUGUUGAUGUGCUGUUCUCUCCAGUAGGUUUUUUUCUUGUCUUCACUUCCUCAAGGAAUUUACAGUCUCCAAAAUGAGUCCAGAGGGGAAGAGGCUUCUAAACAUCGUUAUUCUCGGCUUUGGCUUCAUGUUUAUGUUCACUGCUUUUCAAACAUGUGGCAAUAUAGAGCAAACAGUUAUAAAGAGCUUCAACAGCACCGAGUUCCACGGGAGCGGAUACACCAGCAUGGCCAUCAUCUACGGAGUUUUCUCUGCGUCCAACCUGAUCGCUCCCUCAGUGGUGACCGUCAUCGGACCACAGCUCUCGAUGUUCUUCAGUGGGCUUUUGUACAGCGGCUACAUCGCCAUGUUCAUUUACCCGUACACCUGGAGCUUCUACACAGCGUCUGUGUUGGUUGGAAUAGGAGCAGCAGUGCUGUGGACGGCUCAGGGAAACGUGCUCGCCAUCAACUCCACUGACAGCACCAUCGGGAGAAACAGUGGGAUAUUCUGGGCGCUGCUGCAGUUCAGCUUAUUCUUUGGGAACCUGUACAUUUACUGUGCCUGGCAUGGACACGUUCACAUAACAGACAAAGACCGUCAGACGGUGUUCAUCUCUCUCACGGUGAUCAGCCUCGUCGGCUGCUUCCUCUUCUUCCUGAUCCGGAAGCCUGAUCCUGAACCGUCUCCCUCGGAGGCGUCAGAGUCGCUGCUGCAGGCCGAGUCCAUAGAGAACUCCACAGUGAGCUCACCUCGUGCAGACCUCUGCUCACAGGCUCUGGAUGCGUUUGUGCAAGCGUGUAAAAUAUCUGUCACCAAAGAGAUGCUGCUGCUGAGCAUCUCCAUCGGAUACACAGGCUUGGAGCUCACCUUUUACAGCGGGGUGUACGGGACCUGUAUCGGAGCCAUGACCCGGUUCGGCAAAGAUGCAAAGAGUCUGAUCGGCAUCUCUGGGAUCUGCAUCGGCGUCGGCGAGAUCUUAGGAGGGGGCGUGUUCGGGAUGCUGAACAAGUGUAACCGGUUUGGGAGGAACCCGGUGGUGCUGCUGGGGCUCAUCACUCACUUUAUCGCCUUCUACCUGAUUUUCCUGAACAUCGCCAGCGACGCUCCUCUGGCCCCGGAGGCAGGAACAGAGCUGCAGGCCUACAUCACCCCCAGCGUCAGCGUGGCGUUGCUCUGCAGCUUCCUGCUCGGUUUGGGCGACAGCUGCUUCAACACUCAGCUCCUCAGCAUCAUCGGCUUCAUGUUCCGCGACAACAGCGCCCCCGCCUUCGCCGUCUUCAAGUUCAUCCAGUCCAUCAUGGCCGCUCUGGCCUUCUUCUACAGUAACUACCUGCUGCUGCACUGGCAGCUGCUCAUCCUGGUCCUGGCGGGGUUUCUGGGCUCGAUGACCUUCUUCGUGGCUGAGUGGGUGGCCGAGUCCAACAGGCGGGAAUCGGACUACGACAGCAUCUGAUUCUGUUCCCGGUGAGGAUGAGGAGGGCACAGCUGGAGGAGUGUUUCGCCCUCCACAGCUGGAAAUAUCAGCCAGGGGGUGAUGAAGGUGUCCCAGCCUGUGCAAACUGAGACUGACACUGUGGUAUGUUUGGUUUUUACGGAGUCACCCGGUCUGUUCGGAGCCUGGCAGUGGCUGCAGAGGAGCCAAAUAUUCAUCCUGAUCUCAACAUUUAUCUGAACUAAAUCUAAAGGCAUGAGGAGGUGUUGUGUGCACAGCAGAUAUACCUCAUUUAGUUUCAUUCCUGGCCUUUCUCUCUUUACUUUGUGCACACAAUAUUGUAAUCAAUCUGAACAAAAUAUGAAAAUAUACUCGGCAUUAUGGGUAGAGAUUUGUUAAUCAAGUAUGAAGCACUUUUGAUUCAAGGCCUGUCAUAUAAAAUAAUGGUGAUGGGCCCACUGCUAGUGCCUGUACUGAGGUUUAACACCGACUGUCAUUGUGAAUCAGCUGCUGGUUAUAAUGUGUCCAGUUUGUGCAGCUGCUCUGGCUGCAUGUGUGGACCUAAAGGAUAAAUCUGGUGUUAUUCUGUCCCGCAGAAAAACCCAAACCAACACUAACGAGUAUCAAACCCUGAUGUAUGCUAAUCCUCUGUGCCACAGAGCUCCACUGUUUCCAAAUAUUAUUAAAGGAGCUGUUCGUAAAUUCCCUCUGAGAGCUUCAGCCAUCGUUAUGUUUACAAUACGAAAUGUUAGAAUAUGUCCUCUGAGCUGUGCUACUUCCUCAGGGCAGCCUGGAUGCUGCAACGAGUUGCUAUCGAAAAAUAAUGGCAGAGGCAGGUCAGGCUGGGGCUAGCUGCUUGCUAGUUAGCAUGCUAACGCCAGUAGAAGGAAAGAAGUGACAGGAAAUAGAAGCAAAACAGCAUUGCUUUGCACCUCUGGAGACAGCUGUUGGUGAGUAAAGGAAUGAAGUUUGAUGCUGAACUCACGACGUUUCCUCUAGACUGGUGCUAAUGCUAACAUUAGCUAUGUAGCGAUAGCAAAACAUAGAAAUAGCUCCUUUAAAAACUGCUGCACUGGGUAACAUGUUCCUUCAUCACACACUGUCCUGCUGCCCUGAAUAAGAUUAACGUCUCACUUUGUUUGAACUUUGAACCCACACCGGCCAUAACACACUGUUGGUUUUUGUCUUUUUAUGGGGUUAAAUGACAGAUAACGUUGAAUAACACCAGCCUGAUCCUUUGAAACUCCUCCCACUCCCACUGAAGCAUGCCAUGUACACAAAUUCAGCCUUUAAUACUGACAGAACGGCCACUCCUGGGCUCCACACGUCUGUAAUAAUGUCGCUCUUCCCUCUAAAGUGUGAGGGACGCUGUCAAAGAAAGCAGUCGUGUUGUGUAUCCACUGCUGUACUCCCCGGUCUGUCCCACAUGUUCAGCUGCAGUCACAAGGUAAUCACAACCUACGCUCACUUUUACGACAGAUAUUCUUUAAACUCUGGACGUUCACCUGACACUGACUCUGAUUUAAAGACAUGACAGAGACUGGGAGUGGAGCAGCUUAAAGGGAAACAAAAUGAAGAAACUGAACCCUUUCUUUUCUUUUUGUUUGAGUGUGAAAUCUGUUUUCACGCUCACUCUUUAGUUUAGGCUGUUUUUCUUCCUCUUUGAUUGGUUUAGCUGUAAUAAGAUCCAGAUCGUCUUGAGGACGACCCGUGACACAGAAUUCCUGGAAACUUGUUGUAAUUACAAGCGGGUGACUGUGUUUAGUUCAGAUGAAAUUAACUGCAGCUGUUUGGCUUGAGCCUGAAAGAAAGAAAAAAUCUGUGCUGCUUUUUCUCACCUCUUUAAAAUAGUAGGAGGAUGUUUCAGGGGAAAAGUGAAGCAAACAGACAGUAAAUGAGGAGGAAUUUAGGUGUUUUCCUGAAGAAGGAAAUGCAGGAUACAGGAACAAACACUGACCUGAAGAAUAAUCUUUGUUUAUUCACAAAAAACUCCACCUUUAAGGAUUUGAAGCCCACGCUGAGAUGAACCUGAGUAGACUAAUCAUGAGUAAAAUCUGUGUCUCUUUAAUCUGCCAACCUUUCUGUUUGUAUAAAAAUCAUCCAAACUCUGUGAUACUGCCACAAACGUCUCCUGAGAUAAGUUACCAAAGAACAGUGAUCAUCCCAGCGUCUCAGAGCUGCUAACAUGGCUGCAGCUGCUGUCUUAUUUUCUUUUUAAUUACCAGCUGAGGAACUUUCCCCUCAAACACUUCAAACUGACCUGAUGCCAAACCAACACAGUGAUAGACAUGGGCCUGUGGACAUGUCUGCUCCUGACAGCUCUCUGUAAUGUAGUGGUGGGAAAGGGCAACGCAGAACUGAAUCUCAGAUGCUGUAGGUUUUUUUCCUUUUGUUUAAAGUGUCAGUUUAUGAAUUACAGAACAUAUUCUAGGUAAUUUAUUGCCAAAUAAAACAGGAGGAGUUGGGUUUGCUCAUGUUUUGUUUUACUGUUGCGACUGCAAUGGAUGCAAUCAGUGUCAAGGAUAUUAAGGGAAAUGCAUGUGUUCUUUGAAAAUGAUUUUAUACUUGAAUGUAGUAAUUAAAAUGGCACCCGAACCUUCGCUUGCUUGUUUUAUUAUCAAUAAAAUGUUAUUUUGAACAUUA